UCGCGAACUGCUCGACGGAACAUGGCGCGUUAUAUAGAUAUGCGAUAGUCCAACAACAGUUCCAAGCAGACGUACGGGAAGCGAUUCGUACCGAGCGACUAGUACACAACACAUUGAAAACAUUUGAACAGCAACACCCCGUUCGCGGAAGCUCCAGGCAAUCCGGUCGGCGAACACAAGCGUAUCGUAGAGCACACCCAGCAAGCCCGUACAUAUUGAGACUCCGAGACCAUAGCCCGCGAAAGCAUCAGAUGGCUAUAAGAAAUACAAGGCUGCCAGGGCUGCCAGACGCAAUUCAAGAUAUAUCUUUGUGUAUUGGGUUUCGUCGAUCGUCCGCCCGUCACUAGAGUGAACGUUUGAACGUCAGCAGUCAGCGCUUCAGCGACGAUGAUGUGUCCAGCAACGUGCGACGUACACGUCAAACCCGUCAUCUUCCGAACUCCCAAUCAGCCGCCGCUCUCGUUCUGGCUGCCCAACUGGGAGUGCGACUCGGAUUGCGCAGGUGCGACUUCGGUGUCAGGUGUUUCCUCCCAACGCCUGUCGUCGCCUCGACGUUCAUCUGCGUCCUCGCUCGCGCCCCCGACCUCGUCGCGAGAGCCUUUGUCCGCGUCCGCGUCCACGCCGUCCUCAGCUAGUCUGCGUGUGGCAUUCGAGUCGUCUGCGUGCGGUUCAGUGGUAUUUAGUGGCUGCGAAGGCUUGGUACUGUGGGCCGUGUCCUGUCCUUGUGGCGAUUCGUCGAGCCGCGUCGUCGCGGUGUCCGUCGCACCGGGUACAUCUAGUGCUGCGCUCGGGCUAGUAUCCACGGCUCGCCCUUCAAUGUCCGAGUCGGGUUCCUGUGCUGCAGUGGUUCCUCUCAAUCUGUGCCAGCUGUUUCGGCUAGAGAGCCUUCAUCAGCGACGAUCGAACGAGUGGAGUGCAAGGUUCACCGCUUACAUGACUCGCACUAUAGAUUGUAUCAUACUGCCCGUUCGCGGUUCCGGUGGGUCCUGCUCAUCCCCAGCUUUCGAUGUAGGCUCUGGGUCAGUCGCUUCUGAGGAGUCAACACUUUGAUCGUCUUCGCUCUGUGGCUCAUCUGGAACGCAUUCGAGCCAACCUGAC